AAUAGCUGCAGAAAUGGAAGUGCCAAGAAAAGGUGAGAAAAGGGUACGUUUAAAAGUGAAUAAUUUACUAUUCAAGGGUGGAAAGUGAGAAAUAAAACCAGUACCUUUGAUUAUUAUGGCUCGAGGUCAGGCUGGGCGUUGACAUUUCGUCGCAGCCAUUUUUGACACUAAAUAAGCUUCUGCCAAGUUAAAAUCUACCUGGAAAUCAUGAGUCUAAAGAUUCAUAGCAUAAACUUUCUGACCUAUUAUUGUGAAUGAACAAACUUCCCUGCCGAUGACAAAGAACCAGUGAACAACCUUUUCCCCCCUUUUGUGAGUGAGAAAGGGAGAAAGGAAGGGAGGAAAUUUGAACAUCGGAAGACAGCAUACCAGAAUCCCCAUACCCAAAAAAGAUGCGGGGGAUGAAGUAUUUAUAAUAGAUUAUGAUGAUGAUCUGAAGCACAAGUGUAUGGAGCAGCCUCAGCAAGAAUACGAGCUAGGAAGUGAAUCUAAGGCCGGUAGCAACGAUAUGAGGCAGGAGAUCUGGGAGGAUUUGAUAAUUAAUCUACUUGGUCUCAAGAGUGAGUAUAAUCACCUACUUCCCACGGAAGACGAAAAUACAGGUGAUCUGCUAACUAUGCAAGAUGAGACCAUCAGUCCUCGUGUAAAUCACACUCCCUCCAUGGAGGACUCUUUCCACUCAAACCCCAUUGCAUCUCCUCCUCCUCCAACACAGCAUAUUGUUUUAACUGUUGUUAAUGACCAAGGCACGCCUAAUAAAACAAUAAACGGCUGCUUUACAAGGGCUGCUUCUAAGUGGGGCUUUGUAAUCACCAACCUGGUUCUGGAGACUUUGACAGCAGCCUGUGAUCAACUUUCUUCUCCACGUCAGCCACAUUAUGCGCUAAUUGGUUUGUUAACAUCUUUGUCAGCUUUGCUUAUCUGCAUUGGUGAGCUUAUUUAUAAAAGUCGAAAGGAAAUAGUUUCAUGGACUCGGCCAGGAAGGUUUUGUUAUACAUUUCCUCACAAAGCAAUAUUCAGUAACUUUGCUGAAACUUUUGGAUUUAUUUGUGCUGUGUUUCAGUGCAUUUUCUCAACAGUGGAGUACAAUUAUUUCAAGCAACACGAGAAUAACCCUAUCAAAUUAAAUAUUUUCCCAGUUGUCUUUGCUGCGUGUUUAGCCUGUUCAAUUACAUGCAGGAAACAAGACAUAGAGACAAACCAUACAGAUUAGAAUUAGAUCAGACCAACUUGUCACUCAAGAGGAUGAUUUUCCUGCUUUAUGUAAAUUUUCAUGUACUGGUAAAAAUUUAGACUAAAUGUUCUCUUUUUGAAGUUUAUUUCAAUUACAUGGUACCAGUAUCACAGACAACAGUGACUUCUUUAAGCCAACUGUUCAUUUCGUUGUGGUUAUUUGAAAUUUUCUCAGAUAUUAAUUCAAAUUUUACAGAUUAUAUACCACUGUCAA